AUGCACGACUACCCGAGCUCCAAAGCUCCAGAUGAGGUUCAAAAAGGAAGGUACACCCGGAGGCAAAGGCCAAUUGUAAUCAACAAAGCCGAGCCACAGGAACUGAACGAAGAUAGUCUGUUUAGGUUACUCAUCGGAAAAAUGAAACAGCGCGAAGAGAGUGAAGCUGCAGCAACUCUAAUGCGUCACCAGAUGGAAACUCAGAACACAUUGUUGAAGGACGAAAAUGAAGGCCUACGGCAGCAGAUUGAUGUCUCCCAGUUGCGUCUACAGAAUAGUGUUGAAGAAGCCAAAAUGAAGCGUUCUCUCCUUAGUGAAUGGAAAAAAAAGAUACGAAACUUCAAACAAGUUGUCAACGAGUUGGGACAUGGGUACGAUGCUCUUCGUGACCAAGCUGACCACCACCGGGAGACUGCCAUGUGUUUGGACAUCGAAAGGAGCGAUCUUACCAAGGCUAUUGAUGAGACCAAAAUACGCAUUUCGCAGGCUGAAGGAACGAUUGACACGCUGCAGAAUAAAUUAGCGGAGAAUGGCAAAGUCAUCGCCCUUCUGGAACAAUCCUUGUCUAGCUCACGGGAAGGAGAAGAAAACGCAAAAUCACAAUUGUCGGAACAGAAGAAGAGGGUGGUGACUCUGGAGUCGUAUAUUCAAAACUUCGCUCUGUCUCAUACGAAAAAGCUUGAUGUGAUGAAAGAAGGCCAAAAAAGCAUGAUCGAAAACAUUACAACAAGCUUGAAUGCAGUGACUCGUAACUCAACCAGUCAUAAAGAUGCCGUUCUCUUGGCUAUCAGAGAUGCAUUUGAAGAUUGCCGCUCCUCAAUGUUUUCUCUGAAUACAAAGCUCUCAAAGGAACAUAUAAAUGUUGAAGAGUUCACGCGCAAAGGCCAGGAAGUCAUUACUCGAAUUGGCGCCCUUUCAUCUCAAUUCACCGAAAAUGUCGAAGGUGGAAUCAAGAUCAAUAAUGGAGUGGCGAAAACACUUCAAAAGAAAUUCCAAGCGAUUGAAAAUCACCUUGGCCCUUCGUCUCCGGUGAUGAGACGUCUUUCCGAGUGUGAUGACUCAUGCGUGGCUCUUAAGUCGAAGUUUGAAGUCAUUGAGCCGGUAUUGGACGCGCUUGGUGUGACUGCCAAAGCCCUGACAAUGACGGAAGACACUCUUGUGCAAGGUCUCGCAAACUUUGGCCAGAAGCUCGCAGAUGCUCAGCUACCAGCAUGUAACCCAGGCCUUGAAGCGGAGCUGGCAAGCCAGCUUGCAGAAAAUUCUCAGCUCCAGAUCCAAUCUCAUGAUCUACGCUCAAAACUUGAUAACCUCCAGCAAACCUUGCAUGAAAAAGAGACAUUGAUUCUGCAUACAGAAGGGGCUUUGCUGGAAAUCACUGCAAAGCAGCAGAAGUCUGAGUGUCGAAACAAACAGUUGGAAACCGAAAAGACCGCUUUAAGACAGCAAUUCGAGGACACCGACAAAACAAUUCGACAGGAACUGGGCAAAAAGAAUGCGGAACUGAUGGACAAGAUGAUAACUGAUCAUCAAGCUGAAACCCUUGAGUUUCAGAAGGAAAAGAAAGAGGUUGAAGAAGCGUCUGGGAGAUUGAUACUGCAACUUAACGGGAUUCAAACCUCCUUGGUCGACGCGAAAAAGCUUGUUGACGAGCAAGGAAGAGAUCGUGAAGCUUUGCUCCAGGAGACUGCACAACAGAUACAAGACCUUGAGAGAUCCGAGGCAGAAUCCAAAGCCCAGUUAGAAGCUCAGCGCACGGAAAUAGAAAAAUUUCAGCAGCUGGACGCCACUUCUCGCGUUCAAAACAGUGACCUGCGAGACCAACUGGAACAAGCUCAACAAAAGAUCCAUGAUCUUGAACAUCAGCUAGCUUUCUCAAUUGAAGAGGAAGAAAUCAAAGCACCACGACCGACUAGCAUAGUGCCUUUUGCAGCAAUUGAAAGCCAGCUUUUAGGGCGGCCAACAACUUCACAAUAUGGUGAAUCCUGCGACUUUGCGAUGCUCUUCAUGUCGGAUGACCAGUCCCAUCCAACCCCAAACAAAGGAAUCUUACCAGAUCACCCGUUGGACAACCCCAAGAACCCUGAGGAUGACAGCAAACCUCAACAACCCGACAAAGAUAAUCAGAAGCCUCCGGUUAUCAGCCCCGAGAUAUUGAACCCCUCUCCAAACAAGAAGCGCAAAGGAGUUAAUUUCGAGCCUCCAGAGGCUACGAAGAAUGGAAAGGGGCCAAUGAAGGUGCAGCCGGUUGCCAGUCAACCUGAAAAUGGAUUCGAGGAACACCCAAAUAAAGCAUCCAAGCACAUUCAUAAGUGGACUUACAGUCGUGUCCACAGCUCAGCUACAGAGAUACAACAGGAGCAGAUCAGGGUACCUGCUCAUACCGCCAAGGCUGAUCGACGAAGUAGUCCAAAAAGUCUUGUUUUCGCAAACAGUGCGCCGGCAAUUUCAAGGCCCAGGACUCGGAAUCGCGGCCGCCGCAGAGGUCGAGGUGAGCAAUACGAUGCGCGCUUCCUGGAAGGCUGA